AUGGCACUUGUGAGUUACAGUCUGAAUGUGGAUAUCAUGGACACAUCCGAGCUCUCUAUCUUUGGAUGUCCGCGGUUUGAGAUAAUCUACCUUGGUGCUGAGAAUAACUUCAAUCUGCCAACAGUGAAGAAGAACAGUGAAGGUGCUACUGAUGACGAGCGAGGGAGGUUAGAGAUUCUGCCAUGGAUCACUAGUAAUGAGCUACCUGAUUCAGAGAUUGGUCAGAUCCCAACUGUUAUCUUUGGUACAGUCAAUAGAGUGAUUGGAGUGAUAGCUUCACUGCCUCAAGAACAGUAUGUUUUCUUGGAGAAACUGCACUCGAGUUUGAGGAAAGUGAUUAAAGGAGUUGGAGGAUUGAGCCAUGAGCAAUGGAGUUCGUUUUAUAACGAGAAGAGAACCAUGGAAGCGAGAAGUUUCUUGGAUGGGGAGUUGUUUGAAUCGUUUCUUGAUCUGAGUAGGAACAAGAUGGAGGAGGUGUCUAAAUCCAUGAACGUUCAAGUGGAGUUGUGUAUGACAGUUGAAGAGCUCACUAGGUUUCACCAAAACCCUUAUCAAAAUCUAUGCCAUAAGCUCCGUUUAUGCUUUCUUGAGUUAAAAGUUGAGAAGUUAUGUAAUCAGUAUAAAGUUCGGUCUUAUUCAUUAUGA